AUGUUUUUCUCGCACAAACUCGCAUCGACUCAAUUAGAAGAGCUCAAAAAAUCGGCUCAGUACCUCACGCACAACGCUCGAUAUGCCACAUUCUCGAGAAUCGGUCUCGACAAGCGACAAUACUCACUUAUGACCUACUGCCGCACCGUUGAUCAGGUUUUUCUCAAACUUUCUCGAUUGCUCAAAUGAUAAUUUCACAAGUUUCAGAUCUCUCGUGCUGGUCUGCUGUCCACACAGUCAAACGAUUGUUCGUUCUCCGCCAAAUGUCCGUUCUGUUUGCUCGAGCUUGAUUUCGACCCGUCCGACGAUCCAUGGGCGAAUCACACGUCCCUGUCGAGCAAUUGUGACUUUGUGACGAUCGGAAAGCUCAACGAGAAGGAUUGGACGCCCCAGGAGGCUGUCAAACUGGCACUACGUCUUGCGACCACCAAAAUGUACGAGGAAAUGCUUGAAUUGAUCGGAAUUCUAGACACAAUUCCCGCAGAAAAUCCGUUGUCCGUAGAGUCGACGAAGAAGCUUCUGGAGCUUCGUGAAGGCUCCAAAUACCUCACCUACGAGCAGCGUCUCGCCACUCUCAAAGGAUUUGCAUACGACAAACAGAAGCUGGCGUGCACUUCGAAAACUGUGAGCAAAAACGGAAUUGAAUCUCUAGCGAAAAGCAAAAUCCCCUGAAUUUCAGCUCGCCCGCGCCGGAUUUCAUCGCACCAACCACGAGGAUUCGUCGACAUCCGCCAAAUGCUCGUUCUGUCUUCUGGAGCUCGAGUUCGACGAGACGGACGAUCCGUUUAAGGAGCACAAGACGCACAGGGCGGACUGCGAUUUCGUGCGCCAUGGACAGCCCGACGACAGCAAGUGGUCGAUGAACGAGGCGCUGAAACUGGCGGUCCGCAGUGCGGUGAUGCAGAAGCACGAGAAGGGAUUGUGGCUGAUCGAGGAGCACGAGAACAAGAAUCAAGAGCUGGAGCUCAAAAAGCAGAUGCAAAAGCUUAUGGAGGCGCCGAAGAGCCAAAGUCGUCGUCAGAGCAGAGUCUGA